GAACCCGGUGUUGAUUAGGGGUUAUCAUUAUUGUUUUCAUAAAAUAUUUUGCUAAAAGUGAUUCUCGCCUCUAAUCGUAACGUUAAUUUGUGAAAGAAAUCAUACGGUAAAUAAUGUCUGAGUACAUGGAUAUAGAUGGUAGCCUCUUGGAAGGGGGGGGACAAAUACUACGAAUAUCAAUUUCUUUAAGUGCUAUACUAGGAAUUCCAGUGAGAAUAUCAAAGAUACGAGCCGGCAGAAGCAAGCCUGGGUUAGCUGCUCAGCAUUGCAAAGGAAUUCAAUUAGUUGCUGAAAUGUGUCAAGCCAAGACAAAAGGAGCAGAAAUUGGAUCAACUGAAGUAGAAUUUGCUCCAAAAAAGAUUCGAGGUGGUCAAUACUUUGCCGAUCCUCACACAGCUGGCUCAAUCAGUCUACUCCUUCAAGUGGCACUACCUUGUGCACUGAUGGCUGAUGGCCCCGUCACAUUUGAUUUCCGGGGAGGUACCAAUGCGGACAUGGCACCGCAGAUUGACUACAUGGAUAAAGUGUUCAGGCAUGCCUUGAGGCAGUUCGGUGCAGAUUUUGGCUUAACAAUUCAUAGGAGAGGUUAUUUCCCAAAAGGCGGCGGUCAGGUGACCGUGAACGUUAAUCCGGUGCGAAAUUUUCGUGGCGUCACGUUGACGGACCCGGGCUCAGUGCACAGGAUUACAGGGUCCAGUUUCGUGGCUGGGGUGCUGCCGAUCAGUAUGGCGCACCAAAUGGCGGAAGGCGCGAAGCAAGUGCUACGAUCUGUGGCCGAAACCACCAUCAACUGUUACAAGGAGGACGGUCGUAUUGCCAUCGGCAACUGCAAUGGUAUGCUUUUAACCUGCACCACAUCUACGGGCCACGUGUUGGGGAGUGACGCGCUCGGAAAAAGGGGCACCGACCCGCGGCAGGCGGGCGCCGACGCGGCCAACGAUCUCAACAAGGACCUCGACGCAGGCGCUUGUCUCGACCGACACUGCCAGGACCAAGUGAUUCUGUUCAUGGCACUGGCAGAAGGCAAGUCGACGGUGACGGUGGGAGAGGUCACACUGCACACCAAGACCGCCAUACACAUCGCAGAGAUGAUGGCUAAGGUGAAGUUCGAAAUACACCCCAAUGGCAGCUACAACACGAUCGAGUGUACGGGUCUAGGGCUUAUUAACAACAAUUUGCCUACGUAAAUAAAUAUUUUAAACUAGGUUUCUAAUAUUAAAUUUUUAACCAGCAAGUGUGAUUUGAAGUUUUCGACUAUUUAUAUUCAUAAGUAUAUCUUAAGAGUCCCCAAGCUCGGUUCUCGAUACAAGCGUAGUUACGCUCUCAUUUUAAAACGACUAGCUAGAUUGCUCUAAAACUUUGUACCUACAAUAAUAUAAGGUAUAUCUAUGUCUGUAAUUAGUUUAUGUAGCUUCAGAUACCAUAGUAAAAAAAUACAACGAAUUUAAGUUUUUCAUACAAAACUUGUUUUUGCUCUAUUUCGUUUCUUUUAUAAACUGGAGCUAUAUAAACUAAUUACAGACCUCACCUCAUGUCAUUAUAUAUGCAAAGUUUCGUUACAAUCCAACACGUAGUUUUAAAAUGGGAACGAUACUCGCGUUUGUAUGGGAAGGUGAAAUUCGGCCGAGCUUGAUAUAUAAAAAAUGUAUGGGUUUCGCCGAUAGAAAUAUCGGUCACUGCCAGAAAAUGUAUUUAUUACUAGUGUCUUGCUUAUGGCCCUUCUCUAUAUUUAACCCUUUUCCAGGCAUUUAUCGACCACAUACGCGCCGAUAUAAUUUAAACUUUAGCAUUCCGAUUUAAGGUUCAAAUUAGAUUGCAGUUUCGGGACAUAUAACUUGUCUUCAAAUGAAUCAUCAAAGCUGGAUUGGAAUAUGUUUGGAUUUUUUGGGAAAACCUUGUACAUUAAUCCGGCUUGGAAUAGGGUUAAUGACAAAAUACAAACCUACAAAUGUA